AUGCCACGGGAGGAAGUGGAACAUCUGGCACACCCAGAUGUGUCACCAUGUAUCCUACAGCAGGCUUAUGCCUCGUUCCACCGAAUGCACUUUGGCCCAGCGGUUAAACAAAAGAGGGAUCCCGACGACUCCUCUGUGUCCGUUGAUCAAAAUCUCAGGGACUUGAUCAAAUACUGUGAAUUGGCUGUGGCGUAUCCGGAUGAAGUCAUUGUGAAGCAGCAUGAUAAUGUGGAUGGUAUAUUGAUUCUUAUCAGUGGAGCUGUCUCAAUGUUCACCAGUUCUGAACAUCGCCGGAAGAAUGGCAGCGGCGGGGCGCAUUGCCUACAUUUUUGGAAAGAAUCUGGGGACCCCAACUCUGUCAAGUUGUCUAAAAGCUUCGACUCCAACGAUAAUGCAACAAGAGUGCACCUCGAUCGGUCAAAAUUGGGCAGGUUUGUGGGCACUAUAGAUCCUGGUCAGAGCCUCGGUGAGUAUGACUUACUGCAGGCAGAAACCAGUAGACAGUCGUCUUUCAUCGCAGACGAAGCCUGCAGACUUAUGGUAGUCGAUGGAGAACUCUAUGACUACUGCCUUCGCCCUUUUCGUGGUCUACAAUUCUCAGCUCGGCAGAAGUUCGCUCAGAGCUGUCCCCUUUUUGCUUCAUGGCCCAAACGCUUUAUAGAAAUGGCAGUGAUGUCCUUAAAGCCCCAGAGUGCUGUCUUUGGUAUGAACAUCGUGGAGCAGGGUGAAGCCGUGAACGGACUCAUCUUCCUUGUCAGUGGGGAGGUAAAAAUCCAAAUGAAUCUCUCGCUGCACGUCGCUCAAUACCGCCAGCUGGAUUUGGAAUCCUUCAAGCGUUCGAAAGAGGACGAGGAAUCACGCGGUGCCAAAGAAUGGUAA